AUGAUCCACGCCGGAAUUUACCUCGCCCUCCUCACAAGCCUGGCUGGGAUGGCCCUCGGAUUCCCGGACGCAGAGUCUGAUCUUGCACCCAGAUCCGAGGGGGCGGUGGACGACUCGCCGUACCUCGAGGCCCGAGCCACACCGCCGAGAUUCAAGUUCUCACGGGCUGGCUCGGAACCACAACGGCAGGAGACCGCUCGCCGGCCGGGCAUGCCUCCAUCUCGCCGGAAUAAGAAGGAGCCUGGAUCGCUCAGGGCGUCGGGUCGUAUGACCAAGACCAAGAACAGGAAGAGGCCAUCCGGUAUGGAAAUGGCCAAGGCCGGGCCGCGGAAGAGAUCCUCUGUGAACAAGGAGCUGAAACUGGUGCUGGAGGGUCUAGGACUGUAA